AGCGACGCUGGCUCUUUAAGGCGGGCGCUCACGUGGUGCGGCCGGUGGGCGGAGCCAGGGCCAGCAGCCGGAAGGCGCCCGUCGCCACCUCAGCGCCGAGCCCCGCGGAGGCGCAGUUCGUCCCCCCCGGAAACAUGGCGGGCAUCAAAGCUCUCGUGGCGCUCUCCUUCAGCGGAGCCAUCGGCCUCACCUUCCUCAUGCUGGGCUGCGCCCUGGAGUACUACGGCGUAUACUGGCCGUUGUUUGUCCUAAUAUUUUACUUCAUCUGCCCCAUUCCCCACUUCAUUGCGAAAAGAGUAAGUGACGAUAGCGAUGCGGCCAGCAGUGCCUGCAGGGAGCUGGCGUAUUUCUUCACAACUGGAAUUGUUGUUUCUGCCUUUGGAUUUCCUAUCAUCCUUGCACGGGUUGAGGCGAUCAAAUGGGGAGCCUGUGGUCUGGUCCUGGCUGGCAAUGCAGUCAUUUUCCUUACUAUUUUAGGCUUUUUUCUUGUAUUUGGUAGAGGAGAUGACUUUAGCUGGGAACAGUGGUAGGACAUCGCUCUGACACUGGUAAUGUUUUACAGCAUACAUUGCCAUAUGUAUACUCUGUGUGUGUAUAUGUGUAUAUAUUAUAAUGUAUGUACGUGUGCAUGUGGCGAAGUAUGUGUGUGCAUUCGCAGGUAGUCCUAUGUUAUCAGAUCAUAACAUGCUUUUUAAAAUGUGUGUCAGUCAAAGGGGAAAGGCCCUUGUGACAGCUCUCUUAAAUGUUUUCAGUCAAAGCUGGAAUCGCAAUUUCAACAUUUGUCCCCAAAUAUGUUUACAAAGCAUUAACUAUUUUACUCAUUUUUCACAAUAUGUGCAUUAACUUUUUUUUUUAGACACAGUAGUAUCAUUGACACAUGACAUUGGUCAGCUUGUCUGUUGUUUUUUAACAAUGUAAUCAAAAUAGGCCAAUAUAAAGAUUAUCCUAUUUACUGUUGUUCAACUUGAUUGAUUUUUCUGCUUAGAUUAAGGAUGAAUGAAUAAUUGUUUUCCAUUGUAACUUUGGUAGUUUUCGUGAUAAUAUAAAACCAAACAUAGGUUAUGCCAACUCCUUUCCUACAUAAUGAAAAAGAAAAAAAUAAUAAUUUGGUUAAAAAUCCUCCCUUCUAUUUAUGCUGCUCAUUUAGCAAUUUUUUUUCCCCAUAAAGAUAUUCUGGUUUUGUCCCUAUUCAACUUAAAACUGUGGCUGUAUGUUGAGAGUAAUCUGAUAUAUUUUAAUGCCUCUUGCUGUGCUCAGGCCUGAAAUAACUUCUUUCAUAAAGGUUCACAAAAGAAGAUACAUUUGAAACUGCUCUCACGAUCUCAGGACACUGAUAAUCGCAAUGUAGUAUACAACUCUGUGUUCUUACGUGUGAAAGACCUGAAUUAUGGAGAAGUGAAUGUUGUGCUGAGAUAUUCCCAACAUAGCAGAAACUGAAUUCUUACUGCUUUUAAAACAUGCUUACUGAAACGACUACUUUUUAUGUCUGUUAGAAAAGAUUGCAUUAAAACACUAUUUUUAAAUGGCAGUAUCCUAGUACAUGUUCACAUAAUCACACAUAUAAAAGCAAAGUUUAUUACUGUUUUGACUUGGUGAAGCCUUCAAUUCGUGGAGGCAUGUGACUUUGUAAAGAUGCGUUCUCAUACAGCCCUAAUUCUAGAGGACACCGGUAAUCUGUAAAGGGGUGCAGAACAGACACCCUGACUCCUUGUUUCAUCAAAAAAUGGACAUGAAGUGAUUACUGCUCCCUGAAGUAAGAAAGUGAGCACCUAGGUAGGAUAUGUUUUAGUAUUCUAGUUCUUUAGGUUAGCAGAUUAUGAAUAAGCAUUUUAUAGUUGUGCACCAGUCCACAGGUGAUUGCUAUCACCCUGCAUAGGAAUGAGGGACUUUGUGUCAGGAAGUGAUAGAAUCAACCCUGCAAGAUGUGGCAACUUUACCAAUGCGAUGCUUUUUUCCCCUUAAACUGUGUGGAACUGUCUGUGCUGCUCUUCCAAUUAAGUUCUCCCAGUAUUAGCAUAUUGCAAAACGGCAUCCUGUGGAUUGCUGGGCAGAGCAAAGGUUCAAAAAUUAGCGAGUGUUACAUCAGCCAUCCUGAUGCUGGGUCUUCUGUUCAUGCUCAGGGCCCUAGAAAAAAGGUGCAAAAAUCAUUCUAUAGUCCAAGUAACAUCAUGUCGCUUUAAAUAGAAAUAGAAUACCAUGUUUCAGGAAGAUAAAUAAUUCUCAUAUUUGAUUAAAUCCAAAACUGCUAAUCUAUAUUUUAAAUUUAAAAUUCUGGUGUGUGUGUGAGGUGAACCCUACAGUAUUGAGGAAUGCUGAGUACCUGGAUUUCAUACAUAUGUCUAGACUGUAAUUCUUGUAAAAGAAGAGUUAACAUUAAAGGAUGGUUGUUUUUUUUUCUGGAUGUUAAUGCUUCAUCACAGGUGUAGCAGGAAAAUGCUUGUAAAGAUGCUGGGCAUAAGCAAGUUCUCUUAGAAGGUUUUGUUUUGUUUCUUCCUGACUUCAGGUGAGAUCUGUUAGACCCUACUGCUUUGUCCUUAAUGUUGUAAAGUACUAAUGGGGAAAUUACUUGUUCAGAUUAGCAGCUGAGCUGUUUAGUGUAAACAUAGCUUCCAUUUAUAGGGCUCUGCUUUGAUUUUUUUUUUUUUUUUGGAAGAAGUCUUUUUUGUCCUACACUACAACAUUUCUUGUUCAAAUUGGUGAAGUAAAACAACAGUAAUAAUACAAAAAAAUAAGUGCCUGAUCCUACAUAUGGCUGCUGAAGUCAUUGCUAAUCAUUCCAUUUAACUCCUGUUAAAAUAUUUAUAUACUUGCAGGAUUAGGUUCUACAGGGUGUCUUUAAGGAUGUGUUGUAUUUUUACUCCUUAGAAUAUGUGUACGAAAGGCUGCAAUAGAAGGCUACAGAACUAUUAAAUUACCACUCAAAUUUCAUUUUAGAGACAGUGCAGUAAAAAACAGCUGAGAUUAUUAUUUUUCCUUUAGAUGAGAGAAUGGUUACUUGUUGAAUCUGAUCUGGCUCUGUUAGUAAAUAGUGUGUCUGUGACUGAGAUGGGAAUACUAGCAGUAAACACAUGACAAUCGAAAAUGAAAAGGAGGACUAGAAUGUACAGUCUUGGAGAGAGAUUGCUUCUUUGACAAAUUAUUCCAUUGUAUUGUAUUUCCUUUGGAUAAUAGCGUGGUUGGUGGGUACCUCAUGAAGUGGCAGGCAGAUGUUGAAUGGAGAAAGCGAACGCUUUUCGCUUUUUCCUUUUGAAAAAGCUGUUAUGCACUAAUCGUUAAUGUGAACUUCAUGCAGUUUUCACCGGAGACUUUUAUUUUAAAAAGGUUAAUUUCUAAAAUUGUAUUUAAUAUAGGGUUUAAAUCAUGGAAUUCUUCCUUCACCUCCUUAAAAGUAAAGUUGCUUGAAUGAGUCAUCUGUGUUAAUACGGUAAAAAAAUUCUCAGUGUUUUUUAUCAAGAGCUUCACUCGUUCACACAAACCUGGUGCUCUGAUGGCCGGUACUGGGCAUACUGUCACUAUCUACCAGUAGCAAUUUACUGUGGUUUCUCUGAAAUUAUUUUCCUAUAUGGAAGUGAAUACUAUGUAUCCAAAGUGCCUUAAUUUCAAGACUGUGCUGAUUCUGUGAACACACAUGCGUGGAAAUAUCACUAUGUUUCAUAAUCAGUUGAAAAUCUCUUAUGCAUUUUAUAAAGCUUCUUUGUCAAUUAAUCAUGUUUUCUGAAAUUCAGCAGAGCAGCUUUUGUAACUUUUGUAAACACUAUUUUCCAUAAUUGUCAGGUUCUUCAAACGAUGAAGUAUUAAAACAUGGAAAUUAAAACAUAUUCAACUUUUCUUUUUAAAUUGUCUAAUAAAACUGAGUAAAGAUG